AUGUCGCAAUCAACACCAACUUACCAAAGCUGCCUCAAGAACUCCAAGGGUUCAUCCUUCCGAGUCGAGAAGAAGCGCGUCCGCUUCAAUGGCCUAGACCAAGUGCGCACCUUCCAGCGUCGCUCGGGUGAACUAACAACUCCUCCCAGAACCCCAAACGUAUCCAAGACCGGCUGGGGCUUCGAGAAUGAUGACUACAUCGUCAAAUUGCAUCUUGAGCAAGCCAAAAUCCAUAAGCGCUUGUCUAGACCCAAGGCUAUCAUGGAUAGAGACUUUCUCGCCAGGUUGCUCACCCCCGGUACUGAGCUAUGCCAACUGUUGCGGCAGACGCUCUACCAACGAAGGAAGAAGAAAAAUGCUUACUUGUACAGACAGAAGAACCGACCUUCCCAGAAGCAGCAAGGUAGAGUACGAGGUAAAUGCCGUGUCAAGAAGCUUCACUGGGAGUUUGCGCAGAGGGUCAAGAACCGUCUUCAUCAAGGUAGUCAUCUGAAACAAAUUAAGGCGGACGAGAUGUCAGAAUUUUCAAGAAGCAUUGUGUCAUAUGAAACCAUUCCGUUACGUCUACCAUCCUCCACAGCUCGUUCCUUCCUGCCCUCGGGGGAUGAGCUUGAGGAAGCUUCUCGCAGAGAAAACCAUUCUCUCGCCGACAUCGCAUUGUCUCGCGAGUCGCAAAGCACCAAAUCAGCCUUUCACCUUGUUCCUCCAAAUCCUCCCUGCCGUGCGAUCAUCGCGUCCUGCCACUCGGCCAUUAUGGCGUCGAUGUCGAGUCUUCCUCCCGAAAUGCUGGGCGAAAUUGCCGCAUGCUUCCAGGAUGACACCUCAAUUGGCGCAAACAAAGACUGGAUAGCCGACCAGAACACGCUCGCAAUCCUAUUCAGAGUAUCAAAGUCAUUUCAGUCAGCAGCCCAGCCUCUCCUACAUCGAAAGAUUUACCUCGCUGUCCGGGAUCCAGUCGGCGUCAGCAUUUUGUCCUUGAUCAAAGUUCUGCACCAUCGUGAGGACCUCCGCUCCAGAGUGGACCAAGUCCAUAUACACUUCGAAAAGGCCUAUUCUUGCCGCCUAAAACGGACCAUGAACGAUAUCCGCAACCUCGGCCAUUUCGCUCGAACCAUCGGCCUGCCAAGCCUCAGCACCGCACUGGAAGAAUGUACAAACAGUUCUCGCUUGUACGAUACGGUACUAUCUUCGCUACUCUUCCAUCAGCUUCAAGGCGUAUCUCAAGUGAUAAUCUCUGGGACAUAUGGCCCAGACUUGGAAGACGGCUAUGAAGAAUUCGACCAGAUGGACAAUGCUUGGUCGGUCUUGCCAGCUCUUUUGGUCUCACCAUCCGAGACACCGGAGGCUUUGCUUCAAAAUUUGAUUUUCCUUCGUUUGGACGCCCACAUAAGUACGACUAUGGAUCUCUCACAUUUCCACUUGCUCGCUUGUCUGGCACCCAACCUUGAGAAUUUUGAAGGGUUCAGAUUUGAAAGCGUCCCGGCAGAGGCAUUCAACGCUUUCAAAAAGCUCAAGCACCUGACUCUUUGGGAAGCACCUCUCGUGGAGAAUGUUUCUUCAAAUCAGCAAGGGAAUCUCGAGAUUCCGCCUGGUCUUCAUUCUUUUGACUACUGUGUGCGUUCUUCCUGGUUCUCGGAUGAACUGAACAUUUCCCCAAUAAAGGUCCGACGGGCGCUAGCGCAACAUUCAGAUACUCUGAUUUACAUUUACGUUCGAUUCCACCUGGAAAGUGGAAUGGAGGAGGACGGAUGGUUCGAUACUUUCGGGAUGUUCAAAAGACUUGAGUACCUUUCGGUGGAUCCAGCGGACUUUGCCAGGAAUGACCAGAACGGCUCAGGCCCAAAUGCAUUCAUCAAAACACUCCCUCGAUCGCUCCGAAGCCUAACUUUCCUGGACCAUCAUCACUCGAAACUUCAGGACAUCGAAUGGCUUGCCGACGCCGUUCAGAAAGGUGACUUUGAGAAUCUCGAGAGCUUCACCAUUCAUGUCACAGACGAAGCGAAGGACUUCGUCUACACUGCCUUGGGAGAAAUCUGGAAUGGGAUCGAUAAGCCAGAGUUUGUGGAGGAUGAAGCUUCGUUCUGUGUCAAAAUAGUUUCCCCGAGUGAUACGAGAGAAUUAUGGUGCUAUUGGUGAUGGACUUCACUGAUUCAGUCUUUCGGUUGAACGGUUGGUGUCGCAUCACUCUGUCAUUUGUUCAGAACCGGGGGUGGGUGUCACACGGGCACAGAGGUACACGUGUCAGAUGAGGA